AUAAUCAGCGAAUCUCGCAGUGUGGCGGAGCUGCGAGAAAACACGCUGCUGCUCCAGUCCGCUGCGUGACGUCACCCCGGCGCGCUUCCAUAGAUGCGAGCGCGCGAGUACAGUGACAGCGCCUCGUCCACUGUACGAAACACUGUCUCAGGCUUGCUUUACCCGAGAAAACGGCAGAAGAUCGCGGAAUGUGACUUGGCAACAUUCCGCUUUAUUUGAGGCCGGUCGUCCGCCAUGCAUUCACAGGCUGCUUUACUUUAAGCCCACCGUUCCCAUUAUCAGCCAAGUGAUCGCUGCCCUCCUGUGAUCCGGGAAUCACAUUGGGAGCGUUAACAUUUGUCUUAAUUAUUCCGCGAGUUUGUAUCCCACUCUGACGGCUCGACUCUGACUUCAAGCUGAGGCUCAGUAACUGGAUUUAUUCGGUGGAACAAUAGUCGACCGCUGCUGUCUGGAUAUUAAAUUGUAGCUACUCUUGGAUUAUUGUCUCAGCAUCAUGAGCACGAGUGUACCCUAUCAGCAAAGCUCGUGCAGCAAUGAACGGAGCUCUGGACCAAUCCACUGCUUUCGCUGCCGGGAGCUGUGUAAAGGAGAGGUAGUACGAGUGCAACAUGUCCACUUCCACAUCAAAUGCUUCACCUGCCAAGUGUGUGGCUGUGAUUUGGCACAUUCCGGAUUCUUUCAGAAGAGUGGCGAGUACAUCUGCACAUCAGACUACCAGCGUCUGUACGGCACAAAGUGUGACAGCUGUGGGGACUUUAUCUCAGGGGAGGUGGUCUCUGCCCUGGGCCGCACAUAUCAUCCGCAGUGUUUCGUCUGCAGCGUCUGCAGGAAACCUUUUCCAAUUGGGGACAGAGUGACGUUCAGUGGUAAAGAAUGUGUCUGUCAGCAGUGUUCCAUCAAACUGGUUAAUCCAAAUGAGCCAAUCAAAAUCCACGGGCCCAGCUACUGUGCAGGUUGUAAGGAGGAGAUCAAACAGGGUCAAUCUCUGCUGGCGUUGGAGAAGCAGUGGCACGUCAGCUGCUUCAGGUGUCAGACCUGCGGCCUCGUCCUGACCGGAGAGUAUAUCAGCAAAGACGGCGUUCCUUACUGUGAGUCAGACUACCAUGCUCAGUUUGGGAUUAAGUGUGAAACGUGCGACAGAUACAUCAGUGGACGUGUGCUGGAGGCAGGAGGAAAACACUACCACCCGACGUGUGCUCGCUGUGCCCGGUGUCAGAUGAUGUUUACAGAGGGAGAGGAGAUGUAUCUCACAGGUUCAGAAGUGUGGCAUCCUGUGUGUAAACAAGCAUCUCGAACAGAGAGGAAACUGAGACUCAGGCGCACAUCAGAAGCCUCCAUCUCUCCUCCAGGUUCCAGCAUCAGUUCACCCAGCAGAGUCAUCUGUGCAAAAAUGGACAACGAGAUCCUUGAUUACAAAGACUUGGCAGCGCUGCCUAAGGUUAAAGCCAUUUAUGAAGUGCAGAGGCCAGACUACUGGUCCUAUGAGUCGAGUCACAGAUACUGCUCCGAUGACAGGCUAGAGCGCCUCAGCUAUGGGGAGUCCUUGGGCACACUCUCCCCUUAUUCUCAGGACAUGUAUGAUAGUAUGGACAUAAGGAUGAGGAGAUCCUCCAGUCCGGGCUACAUCGACUCUCCCACCUACAGCAGACAGGGCAUGUCUCCCAUUAUGCCUCGCUCGCCACAGCACUACUACAGAUACGGCACUGAGAGUGGCAGAACUUCACCCUAUUACAGUCAGCUAGACGCCCGGUCCAGCACGCCCACCACAAACCAAGCUCCCAAGCAUUUCCAUCUGCCAGCCACAGGGGAGCCCAACAUCUACAGGAAGCCUCCCAUCUAUAAGAGACAUGCAACUAAGAGCAAGACCAGUGAGGACAUUGUCCAGUCCUCCAAGUUCCCAUCAGCCUACUCGCCUGAACACUACCAGCACUCAGAGUCUGAUUACUCCUACUACACCAGCUCUCCUAAAUCUUUACGUGCUCCUCGGAGAAGAUACUCAUCAGGUGGAGAGGAAGAUGGCUGGAGUCAUGGCCUUCAAAGAAUUCAGGGUGGGAUCGGUCGUAUGAUCCUGAAGGAGGAGAUGAAAGCCCGCUCUGGUUCCUAUGACAAUGACCCCUGGGGCAGCGCACGAAACUCCCGCAGUGGGAGCAGGGAGAUGCUGCACAGCAUGGGCCACAACAACACAGUUAACGGCUCUCCUCGGUCAAACUUUGCUGCAGAGAAUGAUUACAUAUCCAAGUCAGCCUCUUUGCCUGGAUAUGGCAGGAAUGGAUUGCACAGGCCACAAAGUGCUGAUUACUAUCAAUAUGACAGCGGCAGUGAAGUCAACUGGGGAAUCAGAGAGUACACGGUUUACCCAUAUGAAGCACUUCUUGUGACCACUAGGGGGCGUAACAGAUUGCCAAAGGAUGUUGACCGGGCCAGAUUGGAGCGGCAUCUUUCCGCUGAGGAGUUUUAUCAGGUGUUUGGGAUGACGAUGGUGGAGUUUGACCGUUUGGCACUGUGGAAGAGGAAUGAGAUGAAAAAACAAGCCCGGCUUUUCUAGUGUUUCUGCCCCCCACAUACACACACACACACACACACACACACACAAACACAUACAGUAGAGACCUGAAACCUGUUCCAGUCUAACGAAACAAAAACAUCCUGUGUCUCAUGCCUGGACAGUACAGGAAUUGAGCAACUGUCCUUUAUGACAGACAUGAAUGAUCAGACAGGCUA